AUGGCAACUCGAUGUGGCGAAGACGGCGAGCCCGUCGGCGGUAGCGCUCGGGCGAGAGCUGCCGGCGGCGGAGACGUCCCGAUAGGUAAGCUGCGCAAUUCCUGCGCGCGCGCCGCCAUAUUCUGCGGGAACGUCACUUCCGUCGGUGCCAGUGUACAGCGAGCGGGCUCCUGGACUCUCAGUGGAGCCGUUGCUGGAAUCCCCGUCGACAAUGCACAAUAUCCGCUCGUCGCUCUAUCGCUUAGGUCAAUGGGCGACGAUUCUCAAUUCAUAAAAUGUCGGUCGUUCCAUUCACGCCGCGGCGCAAUGCUCCACGGUCCGUUCACUCGUGACCCUCGCGUCUUCGAAUAUUCAUGUCUUCAUCGAUAA